AUGGGAGGAACACGCUUUACAAAAGCCUCACAGCGGCUACAUUCGUUUUGUUUGUUCCUUGCACUGGGGUCGUUUAUCUGGGGAUAUAAUGUUGGCGUCCUCGCCUCGGUACUCGUCCACCCCGGUUUCAAAAAGACACUCCACAGACCAGAUGCCUCUCUGAGCGGGCUCAUCACGGCCAUCUACUACCUCGGCACUUUCACCAGCUACCUUUUCUUUGCUCAUCCGGCAGCAGACAAGCUUGGCCGGCGCCAUGCUGCCUUUGUGGGGAUGGGGGUGACCUGUGUUGGUCAGGCGCUUCAGGUCGGCGCCACGGGAUCAGCUGCACAGGCUUUGGGGAUGGUGAUUGUUGGGAGAAUCAUUGCGGGAGUAGGCACCGGGAUAAUUUCAACUAGUGUUCCCUUGUACCAAAGGUAUGUUGUCGAGAUUGCGCCAUCCAAGCAUCGUGGCAGGUUUGUUGUGAUGAAUCAUAUCGGAUUCAUCGCAGGGCUUGCCUCUGGGUUUUGGGUUGGUUAUGGGAUGACAUUUUGGGAUAGCGAACGAGGUCUCCAGGUGGCAUGGCGUUAUUCUCUCUCCGUGUCUUUUGUCCCGGCUUUCUUCUUCUUAGUUGGCCUGCCGUUCAUGCAUGAAUCACCCCGGUGGCUCGUAGAGCAUGGAAAGAUUGAUGAGGCCUUCACCACGCUUCAGUACUACCGCGAAGGGUAUUACACAUCCGAUGAAAUCUACGACGAGCUUGACGACAUCGAACGCUCUGUAGCUUCUUUCAGAGUCACUGGCCUUGUUUGGACAUCUCUGUUCGCCGACAGAAGUCUCUUUGCUCGCAUGUGGCGAUCGGCACUUUUGCAGUUCCUGGCGCAGAUGUGCGGUGCUACAGCUAUGAAAUACUACCUUCCUGCUCUCUUUAGAACUCUAGGCUUGAGCCAUCGAGUGUCUCUACUCGCAGGGGGGAUUGAAAGCACUCUUAAGAUCGGGUGCAAUGUGCUGGAGAUGUUUAUCAUCGAUAGAGUUGGACGAAGGCUGACACUUGUCAUUGGAGCUGUUAUCAUGGCGUUCUCCUUGCUGAUCAACGGCACUUUGCCUUUGAUUUAUCCAAAUAACUCCAACACCGCAGCAGAUUAUGCCUGUGUGGUCUUUGUUUUCAUCUACUCAUUGGGAUACUCAAUGGGAUUUGGUCCAGCUGCCUGGGUGUAUGGUUCCGAGAUUUUCCCAACCGCCGUCCGAGCACGGGGCCUCAGCUUUGCCGCUUCGUGCGGCGCCAUAGGCUCCAUCAUCGUCACCCAGAUAUGGCCCAUUGGAAUCGCGGCUCUCGGCUCCAAGAUCUACUUCUUUUUCAUGGUCAUCAACCUAGUAUCAGUUCCCAUCAUUUACAUCUUCUUUCCAGAAACGAAAGGGCGCGCUCUGGAAGAUAUGGAUGUGCUAUUUGGGGGACACGACCCAAGUGUCUCGUCAGAGCACCUAUUGGCUGACGGGGAGGAUGAAGACGAUGAUCAAGGCCCAGGGAGAAGGGGAAGUCCAAUUGAUGGGGGACUCUGGAGGGAUUGA